UGUGUUCUGCCAAUCGCUUGAGGACAGAGUGGGAAAAGGAGCAAGCAGAGUUAGAAGCCGGACAAAAGAACUUAUAGAACCCUUAUAUACAUAUUUUCCUCAUGUUUUAGGGAGCGCGGUGUGCUGGAAAAACAGUUGCGGUGAGUGCGCAUGGACUUGUCAGUGUAGUUAUGGAACCCCCUUUAAGCAAGAGGAAUCCAGCGAUAAGAUUAGCGGAAUUGGCAGCGACUCAACCCCAUCCUCAUCAGAAUAUGACAGGCUUCCCGGGGCUCGGGGGGCAUCACCCUCUCUCCCACCAUGCCCACCUCCACCCUGGGGAGCUGGGCAACGACCCCGGAGUGGCACUCACUCCAUUUGGACCAGAGCACAUGGCACAGACAAAUGCUCUCAAACUUAGCCCAUCUCAGCACAUUCAGAGCCAUCACGAAGCCCAGACCGCGGCAUCUUUCACUUCCACUCAGACCACAGUUGGUUUCCCCGUGGCUCACCCCCACUCAGGCUACUCAAGCAGCAGGGACUUCAUCCUCAGGAGAGAACUCUCAGCCUCUGCUAUGCAUGCACUUGGCGACCAGCAUAGUUCCGCCUCCUCCCCUCAUCACCAUGGCAUGUUCAUCUCCCCAACAGGUGCCUAUGGGCACACGGAUAGUGGGGCCCAUUCACUUUUUACUGGACUUCACGACCAGGCGUCCCAAGGUGCCCACCACCACCACCAUGCCCUUAACGGGCAGAUGCGCCUGGGUAUACCGGGGGACAUCUACGGCAGGCCAGAGCAUUUCGGGCACAGGCCAGAACACUAUGGACCCUCUUCUCUCCACAGCUACAACUCCAUGAACCUCAAUGUGAACAUCGCUUCUGCUCCUCACGGAGCGGCGGGGGCGUUUUUGAGAUACAUGCGGCAGCCCAUCAAACAGGAGCUCAUCUGUAAGUGGAUUGACCAGGAGCUGAGUCAGAAGAAGCCCUGCUCCAAAACGUACAGCACCAUGCACGAGCUGGUCAACCACGUCACGGUGGAGCACGUCGGGGGACCGGAGCAGAGCUCCCACGUCUGUUUUUGGGAGGAAUGUCCGCGGGAAGGGAAAGCUUUCAAAGCGAAGUACAAACUGAUUAAUCACAUCCGAGUUCACACGGGAGAAAAGCCAUUCCCGUGUCCUUUCCCGGGCUGCGGAAAAGUGUUCGCUCGAUCGGAGAAUUUAAAGAUACACAAGAGGACUCACACAGGGGAGAAACCUUUCAAGUGCGAGUUUGACGGCUGUGACAGAAAAUUCGCCAACAGCAGUGACCGGAAGAAGCACUCCCACGUCCACACCAGCGACAAGCCUUACUACUGCAAAGUCCGCGGCUGUGACAAGUCCUACACGCACCCGAGCUCGCUGCGGAAACACAUGAAAGUCCACUGCAAGUCCCCGCCGCCCCCUUCCACCAACGUCGCCUACAUCCCCUCCACAAACCCCCACGGAGACCCACUCUCGCCCAACACCGAGGCGCACAGAAACCGCUCCUCGAACCUUUCCCCUCAGGUCACCAACCUUAACGAGUGGUACGUGUGUCAGGGAAGCGGUGGACAACCCAACCACCUCCACACGCCCUCCAGCGACUUACCCACGUCUGACUCAGACGACGAGGACUCUUUCAGGAACUCAGACCCGAGGACAAUGCUCUGAUGCCCCCCCCGUCAUAGUUGUCCCAUUAAAGUGUGUACAUCCAUGCUGACCCGCGCCACAUCAGGAUAUCGAUCAGUUGUUCUCACUGUAGUAUGAUUAAACGACAGUGAUACAGUAACACACACAUAUGUCGUGGAUGCAAUGCUGGCCUCGUUACGUCAGAGGGAAGAGACUUUGACCUUUUGGUUGAUUUGCUUCUUUUUUUGUUGUUUCGUUUUUUUUAUGAGAUGCAGAUCAGAAAAUAAAACAUUUAUGGAGCAUUAGAAAUACAAUUAAACGUUUUCGAACCCCUUAUCUUAAAUAGCCAUUCAAAAUGGUUUCUGUCUAUAACUUUUUAAAAUCAUUUGUUUCCCCCCAACAAGAGCAGUUUGCUGAUUUUUAAUUAACUGCAUGUCUAAGGACUCAACUGGUGUGAUGAAGUGACAUCUUUCAUGUGACCUCCCAUCAUUCCCCUUGCAGUUUAAUAACUGGGCUGCUAUCAAUCACUGUCAAGUCCCAGACAUGCAAGGGAGAUAAAUGGUACUCCUUGUAAAAACAAACUGGCAACAAAUAAUUAAUGGACAUAAUCUAGUGAGGAUAUAUAGUGGAGGAUUUUUUUUUUUAUUUAGUAUUAUUAUUAUUAUUAUUAUUAUUUUAUUUCUCUGAUGAGAUAUUGUACAAAACUUUGAUAAUGGAAGGGUAAGGGGGGAAAAGGAGGCAGACAUCUGUGUGUCUUACAGGUUCUCGUUUAUCUUUUCAGAUUUAUACAAUACAUGUGUUUGGAUGGAAUUUUUGUAAUAUUUAAUAACUAUUUAAGUCUAUAUUUUAUGCACAGUACACACGUGUUAUGCUCGUUAAAGAGUAUGAGUGAAGUCCCUGGAGACCCUAAAUGUCUACACUGACAGGUUUUGACCCUGUAGGAUUUGUAUAUAUGUCAUUGUGCUGAUGCUUGUGAAUGUUGUGUAGUUUUAAUUACGGAGAAAAAAAAACAACGUUGUUUUGUACAUUGUAAUUUAUUUGCUGGUAUCAAUGUUGUACUGGAAUUA